AUGGCUCAACAAGAUAAAGAAGAAGAAGAUGGCAGUGGUGGUGGAGGUAUCCAACUCACUCCCAUUGAUAGUAAUAAUAAUAAUAAUAGUAUAACCAAACCAACAGUGGAAGAAAAAAAGGUGAUUGGAUUUGGAGGAAAAAAGAAUCCAUUUGACACAGCAAGUCUAUUCUCUUUGGCAACGUUUGCAUGGAUUGAAACAUUUGCAUGGCAUUGUUUUAAGAAUAUCUUGGAGCAAAGUCAUCUCUACGAUCUUGCAGAAUGUGAUAAAUCAACUCAAGUUGGAAAAAAAAUUAAAGUUGAAUGGGAAAAGGAAUUAUUAAAAAAAGAGGAAGAAACAAAACAAUAUUGGAAAGCAUCAAUGAGAGCAUAUGGACCAUACUAUUGUUUGGGAUUAACAUUUUAUGCAGUUUAUUGUGCAUCACAAUUUGUAGGACCACAAUUAUUGUCACGUAUUAUAAAAUGGGUGUUUGAAAUUCAAUAUGUACCAGAUACAACCGUUGAUCCCAACAUGGGAUACUAUUAUGCAUUGGCUAUGUUUGGGUCGGCCAUGGUUGGUUCGUUUUGCAAUUACCAAUCGAAUCUUAUAUCGGCGCGUGUUGGUAAUUGGAUGAGGUCGGGUAUGGUACUCGAUAUCUAUACCAAGUCUCUUAAAUUGGAUACAGCAGCUCGAAGAAAAACAUCGACUGGUGAAGUAGUCAAUUUGAUGAGUAACGACGCCCAACGUGUCGCCGAAGUAUUUCUCAUGUUUAACAAUGGUAUUUUUGCACCACUCCAAAUCAUUGUGUGUAUCGUUUUGAUGUACCAAGAGAUUGGAUGGCCCACCUUUGUUGGGUUGGGUGUCAUGUUGGCCGUCGCUCCACUCAAUGCCAUCGUUGCCAAAUCACUUUUAAAGCUACGUUUCCAGAUGAUUAAAAACUCUGACAAGCGUCUACGUCUCAUCAACGAGAUACUCCAAUUUAUCAAGAUUAUCAAGUUGUAUGCUUGGGAGGUGCCCUUUGCCGCCAAGGUCACCAACUCGCGUAACCUCGAGGUCAAGGCACUGGCCAAGUUUUCGUAUAUCCGUGCAUGCCUCAUUUUCAUCGUGUCGGCCGUGCCCACCAUCGUCUCGAUCCUCGUCUUCACCACGGUGUUCAAGGCCGACACGGGAGUCAGUGCCGACAAGGUGUUCUCGGCGCUGGCCUACCUCAAUAUCCUCAGAAUGCCCCUUUCAUUCCUCCCACUGAUCAUAGCCAUGUUGGCGCAGGUCAAGGUCGCCACCGACAGAAUUGCCGCCUUCCUCUUGCUGUCUGAGAGAAAGCCGGUCGAGGAAAUCAACGAUCCCAACACUGCUGACGGUAUCUAUGUCGAGAAUGCCAACUUUAACUGGGACUCUACCAAGGACGAUUCCUUCAAACUCAACAAUAUCAACUUUGUGUGUACCGGUCCGACGCUGACCAUGGUCGUCGGUAGUGUCGGUAGCGGCAAGUCGUCGCUCUGCCAAUCGGUCCUUGGUGACAUGGACUUGGUCGAGGGUCGUCUCCGAACCAAGGGUCGUAUCGCCUAUGUCCCCCAACAAGCUUGGAUUGUCAAUGCAUCGCUGCGUGCCAAUAUCCUCUACGGCAAGGCAUUUGACCAAGACCGUUAUGAAGCAGUCAUCGAGGCAUGUGCCUUGAAACGUGAUUUGGAAAUGUUCCCACAAGGUGAUUUUGUCGAGAUUGGUGAACGUGGUAUCAAUCUUUCAGGUGGACAAAAGCAACGUGUCUCUAUUGCCAGAGCAGUCUACAACAAUGCCGAUAUCUACAUUCUCGACGACCCAUUGUCGGCCGUCGAUGCACACGUCGGCAAACAUAUCUUUCAAAAGUGUAUUUCCGGGUUCCUCUCGGACAAGACUGUCAUCCUCGUUGCCAAUCAACUCAACUAUCUCCCCUUUGCCAACAAUGUAUUGGUUAUGAACAAAAACACCAUCUCUGAACACGGUACCUAUCAAGAGAUUAUGGAAUCAAGAGGUGACUUUUCUCAAGUUCUCUCAAACUAUGGUAUGGGUCAAGAUUCGACACCAGUCGACACAUCAUCAGAAACUUCAAGUUUAGAAGUUACAGGUGCCGGUGCGAUACCCAAAGAAAAGACAGUUGUUGUUAAACUUGAUGAAGCAGGUGGUAAUACUACACCUAAACCAAAGUUUGUAGCAGCUACACCAGUGACAGGAGAAAAGGGGAAAUUAAUUCAAAGAGAGGAGAGAGAGACUGGAUCUGUCAGUAUGGCAGUGUACGGAUCUUAUUUCAAGACUGGUGGUAUCCUAUUGUUCCUUUGGAUUGUAUUAAUAUUUGCACUUGAAAAUGGGUCUGGUGCAAUGCUCAAUUGGUGGUUGUCUGAUUGGUCCAAUGCAAUGCAAUUCCAAAAUGGUGGUGACUAUAACCUAACAUCCGACCAAUACCUAUUCAUUUAUAUUGGUAUUGGUAUAGGGUCGGUGAUUGCAUCGGGUCUACGUAACAUCUUUUUCUUUUCCUAUACUGUGCGCGCUGCCCGCAGAAUACACGAAAAGUUGUUUGCAGCCAUCCUUCGUUGCCCAAUGUGGUUCUUUGACACCACUCCAAUGGGUCGUAUCAUCAACCGUUUCACUCGUGACCAAGAUGUCAUUGACAACUUGAUUGCACCGUCGAUUGGGCAGUACAUGGGUCUCUUUAUGCAGAUCAUCGCCUCGUUGAUCAUCAUCUCGAUCAUUACCCCAUACCUCCUCAUUCCACUCGCCCCCAUCAUUGUUAUCUACUAUUUGCUCCAGACCUACUACCGUUACUCGAGUCGUGAACUCCAACGUCUUGUAUCGAUCUCGCGGUCACCCAUCUUUUCGCAUUUUACCGAAAGUCUUGUCGGCGCCAGCACCAUCCGUGCGUAUGGCCGCGAGCAAGAGAGUGUGCUCACCAACCAACGUCUCUUGGACGACAAUAACAAGAGUUAUAUGAUGUUGCAGACCAUGAACAAUUGGCUUGGUCUCAGACUCGAUUUCCUUGGCAACUUGAUUGUCUUUUUCUCGGUGGUCUUUGUCACUCUUGCCCGUGACACUAUUACCAUUGCCUCGAUCGGUCUGUCCAUCUCGUACGCCCUCUCUAUCACUGCUUCACUCAACAGAGCCACUCUCCAAGGUGCCGAUCUCGAAACCAAGAUGAACAGUGUCGAGCGUAUCAACUUUUACAUUGACGGUCCUGAAGAGGCCGCACAAGUCAUCCAAAACAGCCGUCCACCCGCCAACUGGCCCCCAGAAGGUGGCAUUGUCCUCGACAAUGUCGUCAUGCGUUACCGUGAGGGUUUGGACCCCGUCCUCAAGAGCAUCAGCUGCACCAUCGCCCCCAAGGAAAAGAUUGGUAUCGUCGGUCGUACAGGCUCGGGCAAGUCCUCCCUCGUCCUCGCCUUGUUCCGUUUGGUCGAGCUCUCUGAAGGCAGCAUCUCCAUCGACGGCGACAAUAUUGCCAAGUUUGGUCUCACCGACCUCCGUAAGAACCUCGCCAUCCUCCCCCAAGACGCCUGUCUGUUUGCCGGCACGCUCCGUAUGAAUCUCGAUCCAUUUGGUGAAUCUGACGACGACCUGUUAUGGCGUGUCCUCGAAGACAUCCAACUCAACGAAAAGGUCAAGGAAUUGGAGGGUGGUCUUGACAGUCUUGUUACAGACAAUGGUGACAAUUGGUCUGUCGGACAGCGUCAACUCAUCUGUCUUGGUCGUGCUCUUCUCCGUCGUCCCAAGAUCCUCGUGCUCGAUGAAGCAACUGCAUCGGUCGACAGUCACAGCGACAGUUUGAUCCAAACAACCAUCAAGGAAAAGUUCAAUGACUGUACCAUCAUUACCAUUGCCCAUCGUCUCAACACCAUCAUUGACUAUGACCGUAUCAUGGUCAUGGAUGCCGGUGUCAUUGCCGAGUUUGACACACCAGACAAAUUACUCCAAAAUCAAACUGGUCUAUUCUCUUGGUUGAUUGAUGAAACUGGACAACAAAACUCUCAACUCUUACGUAAACUUGCUUCUCAAUCUUCUUCUUUAAAAUUAUAA